GGCCGCCAUAAGCCACGCACGAUCAAUCAGAGUGAAUCACCGUGACAGCCUGUCACUUUUUGAUAAAAAUCCCCAAAGUCCCGACAAACCUCCCAGCUACUUUAUAUUUUCCCUCCCAAAAUGACUGGAUUGUAUAUGCUUGAUUAUGGCGCCGGAAACGUCCGUAGUUUGGUUAAUGCCGUAGAGAAACUCGGUUACAGCAUCACCUUUGUCAAGGAUCCAGCCGACUUGAAAAAAGCAGACGUAAGUGUGUAGACACGUUGGUGAAUGGAAUGCCUCGAAGACUAAUGCCCUUGCAGAAACUUAUCUUCCCAGGUGUUGGUGCUUUUGGUCACGCCAUGGACGCUCUGCAAGCCAAAGGCUUUGUCGAGCCCCUCAAGGAAUAUAUCGCUUCCGGAAAGCCUUACAUGGGUAUCUGUGUAGGAAUGCAAACACUUUUCGAAGGCUCGGAAGAGAGUCGCACUAAGGGUCUUGGCAUCAUUCCCGGUAUCGUCAAACACUUUUCCACUGCAGACAAAGCCGUACCCCACAUGGGCUGGAACGCAACUCAACUCGUCAAGGAACAAACCGAAGUCGGUGGUCAAGCUGUGAACUACGGUAUUGACCAAGACUCGGUCUACUAUUUUGUUCACUCCUACGCUGUUCCGUACGCAGACAAUCUUAAGGAAUGGACUUUGGCUACAACUCAAUACGGUGAUGAAAUUUUCGUCAGUGCAGUUCAAAAGGGCAAUGUCUGCUGCACACAAUUCCAUCCUGAAAAGAGUGGCUUUGCUGGUAUCAAGCUCCUUCGUUCAUUUUUGGAAGGCACAGGCGUCGUGGAUGAUAGCAAGGUCAAGAUUUUCGACCCACGUCCCAAGUCUAGAGAUUUGUUCACAAAGCGUAUCAUUGCUUGUCUCGACGUUCGCGCCAAUGAUCAGGGCGAUCUUGUGGUGACCAAAGGCGAUCAAUACGAUGUUCGUGAAAAGUCUGAAGCUGGUGGCGACGUACGAAAUCUCGGAAAGCCAGUUGAAUUGGCCAAGCGAUACUUUGAUGAAGGUGCCGACGAAAUUGCCUUUCUCAAUAUCACCAGUUUCCGCAACUGCCCCAUGGCUGAUCUUCCCAUGUUGGAGGUUUUGAAACUCGCAUCUCAGACCGUCUUCGUUCCUCUUACUAUCGGUGGUGGUAUCCGCGAUGUCACCGAUCCUGAUGGCAAGGUACACUCUGCUUUAGAUGUUGCUGGCGAAUAUUUCCGUUCAGGAGCCGACAAGGUCUCAAUUGGUAGCGAUGCUGUCUAUGCUGCUGAACAGUUUUAUGCUAAUGACGGUGUACCGGAUGGCACCACUGCCAUUGAAACCAUUGCAAAGGCUUAUGGUGCUCAAGCUGUUGUCAUCUCCGUUGAUCCCAAGCGUGUCUACGUCAAGGACCCAUCCGAAACCAACCACCAUGUCAUUAAAACGCCCUACACUGGUCCCAACGGCGAGACUUACUGCUGGUACCAAUGUACUGUCAAGGGUGGCAGAGAAGGCCGUGAUCUUGAUGUGCGACAACUGGUGACGGCAUGUCAACGCCUUGGAGCCGGUGAAAUUCUUUUGAACUGUAUGGACAAGGAUGGAACCAAUUCUGGAUAUGACAUUGAACUUAUCAAGGAUGUCAAGUCGGCUGUUACCAUUCCAGUUGUUGCCUCAAGUGGUGCCGGAAACCCAUCUCACUUUUCUCAAGUGUUCAAUGAAACCAACGUUGAAUCUGCUUUGGCUGCUGGUAUCUUCCAUCGACGAGAAGUCCCUAUUGAAACCGUCAAAAACCACUUGAAAGAAUCAGGAAUUCUUGUCCGUGAGGACCAUACCAAGCUUUAAAUUUUUUGUUAGACUUUGUAUAAACUUAUUCCCCCUCCAUCCCAUAUAGAGAGACUUUACUCGUGUGCUAAUAAAGCAGUGUCGCAAAUCUUUGUGUCUUCCCCCCCCCACAGUUUCUGAGCACGCUACCUGUUUGCAGUCGUG